AUUCUCGCCUUGCUCGCCGGUGUCUCCGAAAGAAUUAAAAAUGGCCGAGAAUGUGGUGGAACCGGGGCCGCCUUCAGCCAAGCGGCCUAAACUCUCGUCUCCGGCCCUGUCGGCGUCGGCCAGCGACGGCACAGAUUUUGGCUCAUUGUUUGACCUGGAGCACGACUUGCCGGAUGAAUUAAUCAACUCCACAGACUUGGGACUGUCCAAUGGUGGGGAUAUCAGUCAGCUUCAGACAAGUCUUGGCAUAGCACAAGACGCAGCCUCUAAACACAAACAGCUGUCCGAAUUGCUGCGUUCUGGUAGUUCCCCUAACCUCAAUAUGGGGGUCGGUGGCCCAGGCCAAGUCAUGGCCAGCCAGGCCCAGCAGAACAGUCCUGGACUAGGUUUGAUAAAUAGCAUGGUCAAAAGCCCAAUGGCACAGGCGGGUUUGACUUCUCCCAACAUGGGGAUGAGCACUAGUGGACCAAAUCAGGGUCCCACGCAGUCCACAGCAGGUAUGAUAAACAGUCCAGUCAGCCAGCCUGCCAUGGGAAUGAGCACAGGGAUGAAUGCUGGCAUGAACCCUGGGAUGCUGACUGCAGGCAACGGACAGGGGAUGAUGCCUACUCAAGUCAUGAACGGUUCACUUGGAGCAGGCCGGGGACGACCAAGUAUGCAGUUCCCGAACCCAGGCCUGGGAAGUGCUGGCAGCCUGCUGUCGGAGCCGCUGCAGCAGGGCUCGCCCCAGAUGGCAGGACAGCCAGGACUGAGGGGCUCCCAGCCCCUAAAGAUGGGAAUGAUAAACAACCCCAAUGCCUACGGUUCCCCGUACCCUCAGGGCUCUGGACAGCAGAUGGGAGCUGGCGGGCUGGGCCUGCAGAUGCAGACCAAGACUGUCCUACCAAAUAGCUUGUCUCCAUUCGCCAUGGAGAAAAAGGCUGUUCCUGGAGGAGGGAUGCCAAACAUGGGCCAGCAACCUGCCCCACAGGUCCAGCAACCAGGCCUGGUGGCUCCAGUUGCCCAAGGAAUGGGUUCUGGGGCACAUACGGCUGAUCCUGAGAAACGCAAGCUCAUUCAGCAGCAGCUUGUUCUCCUUUUGCAUGCUCACAAAUGCCAGCGCCGGGAGCAGGCCAAUGGAGAAGUGAGGCAGUGCAACCUUCCCCACUGUCGCACCAUGAAGAACGUCCUUAACCACAUGACGCACUGUCAGUCGGGCAAGUCCUGCCAAGUGGCACAUUGUGCUUCUUCUCGCCAAAUCAUUUCACACUGGAAGAACUGUACACGGCACGACUGUCCUGUGUGUCUCCCUCUCAAAAAUGCUGGAGAUAAGAGGAAUCAGCAGUCAAUUUUGACUGGAGCACCUGUUGGAUUAGGCAAUCCUAGCUCUCUCGGAGUGGGUCAGCAGUCCGCUCCCAGCCUGAGCACAGUCAGUCAGAUUGACCCAAGUUCCAUAGAAAGAGCCUACGCAGCUCUCGGACUUCCCUACCAAGUCAGUCAGAUGGCGACCCAAGCCCCGGUGCAAGCCAAGAACCAGCAAAACCAGCAGUCUGGACCGUCUCCCCAGGGCAUGCGGCCUAUGGGCAAUAUGAAUGCUAGCCCUAUGGGAGUGAAUGGAGGUGUGGGGGUUCAAGCACCGAAUCUUCUUUCUGACUCCAUGUUACACUCAGCCAUAAAUUCUCAGAACCAACUGAUGAAUGACAGCUCCAGUGUAGCCUCCCUGGGUCCUCUGCCAGCAGCAACUCAACCAUCCAGUACUGGAAUUCGGAAACAGUGGCAUGAAGACAUAACUCAGGAUCUUCGGAACCAUCUUGUUCACAAACUAGUUCAAGCCAUAUUUCCUACUCCGGAUCCUGCUGCUCUAAAAGACAGACGGAUGGAAAACCUAGUAGCAUAUGCUCGGAAAGUGGAAGGGGACAUGUAUGAAUCUGCAAAUAAUCGGGCGGAAUACUACCACCUUCUAGCUGAGAAGAUUUAUAAGAUCCAGAAAGAACUAGAAGAAAAACGAAGGACUAGGUUACAGAAACAGAACAUGCUUCCAAAUGCUGCAGGCAUGGUGCCAGUUUCCAUGAAUCCUGGGCCAAACAUGGGACAGCCACAACCAGGAAUGACUUCUAAUGGUCCUCUGCCUGACCCAGCCAUGAUCCGUGGCAGUGUGCCAAACCAGAUGAUGCCUCGGAUGACACCACCCUCCGGUCUGAAUCAGUUUGGCCAGAUGGGCAUGCCCCAGCCGCCCAUGGGACCCCGACAGGCCUCUCCUCUUCAGCACCAUGGACAGCUGGCGCAGCCUGGAUCGCUCAACCCGCCUAUGGGCUAUGGGCCUCGCAUGCAGCAGCCUGCCAACCAGAGCCAGUUUCUGCCCCAGAGCCAGUUCUCAGCACAGGGAAUGAAUGUGGCCAGCAUGUCCUUGGCUCCAGCCGGCAGUCAGGCACCAGCGUCUCAAGCACAAAUGUCCAGUUCUUCCUGCCCUGUGAACUCACCUAUAAUGCCUCCAGGCUCCCAAGGAGGCCACCUUCACUGUCCCCCUCUGACGCAGCCUCCACUGCAUCAGAACUCACCGUCUCCAGUUCCUAGUCGCACCCCUACCCCUCACCACACUCCUCCAAGCCUGGGGGCUCCACAGCCACCAGCAGCAGUCCCAGCCCCCGUCCCUACACCUCCUGCCCUGCCACCUGUGCCACAGUCCCAGAGUCUGCAUCCUCCCCCACGGCAAACACCCACCCCACCAGCAGGACAACUUCCUCCUCAAGUGCAGCCCUCACUGGCUCCUUCUGCUGACCAGCCCCAGCAGCAAGCUCGAUCUCAGCAGAGUACAGCGCCCUCUGUGCCCACGCCAACAGUGCCCCUGCUGCCGCCACAGCCUGCCACUCCACUCUCGCAACCGACCGUGAGUGUUGAAGGGCAGGUUUCCAACCCUCCCAGUGCGAGCAGCACGGAGGUGAGCUCGCAGACCCUUCCUGAGAAACAGCCUGCCCAGGGAGUGAAAAUGGAAGCCAAGAUGGAAGUUGAUCAGCCAGAAGCAGCGGCUCCUCAGCCAGAAGAUAUUCCCGAGACUAAACCUGAGGACUGUAAAGUGGAGCCUCCGGAAGCAGAGGAGAGAAGCACGGAGCUAAAAGCGGAAAUAAAGGAAGAGGAAGACCAGCCAAGUACCUCAGCUCCCCAGUCGUCUCCAGCUCCAGGACAGUCGAAGAAAAAGAUUUUCAAGCCAGAGGAGCUCCGGCAAGCACUGAUGCCAACACUGGAGGCUCUUUACCGCCAGGAUCCAGAGUCCCUUCCAUUUCGUCAGCCUGUGGAUCCUCAGCUUCUUGGAAUCCCGGAUUACUUUGAUAUUGUGAAGAGCCCCAUGGAUCUUUCUACCAUCAAGAGGAAGUUAGAUACAGGACAGUAUCAGGAGCCGUGGCAGUAUGUUGAUGACAUUUGGCUUAUGUUUAACAAUGCCUGGUUAUACAACCGGAAAACAUCGCGGGUGUACAAAUACUGCUCCAAGUUAUCUGAAGUCUUUGAACAAGAAAUCGACCCUGUGAUGCAAAGCCUUGGGUACUGUUGCGGCAGAAAGUUGGAGUUUUCUCCACAAACGCUAUGUUGCUAUGGCAAACAGUUAUGCACAAUCCCUCGUGAUGCCACUUACUACAGUUACCAAAACAGUUCACCCCAGUAUGGCCUUCUUGCCGACAGGUAUCAUUUCUGUGAGAAGUGUUUCAAUGAGAUCCAAGGGGAGAGCGUUUCUUUGGGGGAUGACCCUGCCCAGCCUCAAACCACAAUAAAUAAGGAACAGUUUUCAAAGAGAAAAAAUGAUACACUGGAUCCUGAACUGUUUGUUGAGUGCACCGAGUGUGGGAGAAAGAUGCAUCAGAUCUGUGUGCUCCAUCAUGAGGUCAUCUGGCCAGCUGGAUUUGUCUGUGACGGCUGUUUAAAGAAAACUGCGCGAACUAGGAAAGAAAAUAAGUUUUCUGCCAAACGGUUGCCAUCUACCAGGCUUGGCACCUUUCUGGAGAAUCGUGUCAAUGACUUUCUGAGGCGACAGAAUCACCCCGAGUCUGGAGAAGUCACUGUCCGAGUGGUCCAUGCCUCUGACAAAACUGUGGAAGUCAAGCCAGGCAUGAAAGCAAGGUUUGUGGAUAGUGGAGAGAUGGCAGAAUCCUUUCCAUACCGAACCAAAGCCCUCUUUGCCUUUGAAGAGAUUGAUGGAGUUGACUUGUGUUUCUUUGGGAUGCACGUUCAGGAGUACGGCUCAGACUGUCCUCCACCCAACCAGAGGAGAGUAUACAUAUCUUACCUCGAUAGUGUUCAUUUCUUCCGUCCUAAAUGCUUGAGAACUGCAGUCUAUCAUGAAAUCUUGAUUGGAUAUUUAGAGUAUGUCAAGAAGUUAGGGUACACCACCGGGCAUAUCUGGGCCUGCCCACCAAGUGAGGGGGAUGACUAUAUCUUCCACUGCCAUCCUCCAGACCAGAAGAUCCCCAAGCCCAAGCGACUGCAGGAGUGGUACAAGAAGAUGCUUGACAAGGCGGUUUCUGAGCGCAUCGUCCAUGACUACAAGGAUAUUUUUAAGCAAGCUACUGAAGAUCGAUUAACAAGUGCAAAGGAACUGCCUUACUUUGAGGGUGAUUUCUGGCCCAAUGUUCUGGAGGAGAGCAUUAAGGAACUGGAACAAGAGGAAGAAGAGAGAAAACGGGAAGAAAACACCAGCAAUGAAAGUACAGAUGUGACAAAGGGAGACAGCAAGAAUGCUAAGAAGAAGAACAAUAAAAAGACGAGCAAAAACAAGAGCAGCCUGAGUCGGGGCAGCAAGAAGAAGCCGGGCGUGCCCAGCGUGUCCAACGACCUCUCCCAGAAGCUUUACGCCACCAUGGAGAAACACAAGGAGGUCUUCUUCGUGAUCCGCCUCAUUGCCGGCCCUGCUGCCAACUCCCUGCCUCCCAUCGCGGAUCCCGACCCGCUCAUCCCCUGCGACCUGAUGGAUGGUCGUGAUGCCUUCCUCACCCUCGCAAGAGACAAACACCUGGAGUUCUCUUCACUCCGGAGAGCCCAGUGGUCCACCAUGUGCAUGCUUGUGGAGCUGCACACACAGAGCCAGGACCGCUUCGUCUACACCUGCAAUGAGUGCAAGCACCAUGUGGAGACACGCUGGCACUGUACUGUCUGUGAGGAUUAUGACCUGUGUAUCACCUGUUAUAACACUAAAAACCAUGACCACAAAAUGGAGAAACUAGGUCUCGGCCUAGACGAUGAGAGCAACAGCCAGCAGGCCGCAGCCACGCAGAGCCCCGGGGACUCUCGCCGCUUGAGCAUCCAGCGCUGUAUCCAGUCUCUGGUCCAUGCCUGCCAGUGCCGGAACGCCAACUGCUCUCUCCCCUCCUGCCAGAAGAUGAAGCGGGUCGUGCAGCAUACCAAAGGUUGCAAACGGAAAACCAACGGCGGGUGUCCCAUCUGCAAGCAGCUCAUCGCCCUGUGCUGCUACCAUGCCAAGCACUGCCAGGAGAACAAGUGCCCUGUGCCCUUCUGCCUCAACAUCAAGCAGAAGCUCCGCCAGCAGCAGCUGCAGCACCGGCUCCAGCAGGCCCAGAUGCUCCGCCGCAGGAUGGCCAGCAUGCAGAGGACUGGGGUCGUCGGGCAGCAGCAGGGUCUGCCCUCUCCAACUCCUGCCACUCCCACCACACCUACUGGGCAACAGCCCACCACGCCACAGACCCCCCAGCCUCAGCCCACAUCUCAGCCCCAGCCGACCCCUCCCAACAAUAUGCCUCCCUAUCUGCCCAGGACUCAGCCUGCUGGCCCUGUGUCCCAGGGCAAGGCAGCAGGCCAAGUGACCCCUCCGACCCCGCCUCAGGCUGCUCAGCCGCCCCUCCCAGGACCGCCCCCCGCAGCAGUGGAGAUGGCAAUGCAGAUUCAGAGGGCAGCAGAGACGCAGCGCCAGAUGGCCCAUGUGCAGAUUUUCCAAAGGCCCAUCCAGCAUCAGAUGCCCCCGAUGCCCCCGAUGCCCCCGAUGGGGAUGAACCCGCCUGCCAUGGCCCGCGGUCCCAGCGGACACCUGGAGCCGGGAAUGGGACCCACGGGGAUGCAGCAGCAGUCCCCCUGGGCUCAAGGAGGAUUGCCUCAGCCCCAGCAGUUGCCGUCUGGGAUGCCAAGGCCAGCUAUGAUGUCGGUGGGCCAGCACGGCCAGCCUUUGAACAUGCCUCCCCAGCCAGGAUUGGGCCAGGUUGGUGUGAGCCCCCUCAAGCCAGGCACUGUGUCUCAACAAGCCUUACAGAACCUUCUGCGGACUCUCAGGUCUCCCAGCUCGCCCCUCCAGCAGCAGCAGGUGCUUAGCAUACUUCACGCCAACCCCCAGCUGUUGGCUGCAUUCAUCAAGCAGCGGGCUGCCAAGUAUGCCAGCUCUAAUCCACAGCCUCUCCCUGGCCAGCCUGGCAUGCCCCAGGGGCAGCCAGGGCUACAACCACCUACCAUGCCAGGUCAGCAGGGGGUCCACUCAAAUCCAGCCAUGCAGAACAUGAAUCCCAUGCAGGCGGGUGUCCAGCGGGCCGGCCUACCACAGCAGCCACCUCAGCAGCAACUCCAGCCACCCAUGGGCGGGAUGAGCCCCCAAGCUCAGCAGAUGAACAUGAAUCAUAGCACCAUGCCCUCCCAGUUCCGCGACAUCCUCAGGCGGCAGCAGCUGAUGCAGCAGCAGCAGCAGCAGGGACCGGGGCCUGGACUCAGCCCUGGCAUGGCCAACCAUACCCAGUUCCCGCAGCCCCCGGGAGUUGGCUACGCCCCGCAGCAGCAGCAGCAGCAGCGCAUGCAACAUCACAUGCAGCAGAUGCAGCAAGGGGGCAUGGCACAGAUGGGCCAGCUCCCCCAGGCCUUGGGGGCAGAGGCCGGAGCCAGUCUGCAGGCCUAUCAGCAGCGACUCCUUCAGCAGCAGAUGGGGUCCCCUGCUCAGCCCAACCCCAUGAGCCCCCAGCAGCACAUGCUCCCAAAUCAGGCCCAGUCCCCACACCUUCAAGGCCAGCACAUCCCCAAUUCUCUCUCCAAUCAAGUGCGCUCUCCCCAGCCUGUUCCUUCUCCUCGGCCACAGUCCCAGCCCCCCCACUCGAGCCCGUCCCCACGGAUGCAGCCUCAGCCUUCGCCACACCACGUUUCCCCACAGACCAGUUCCCCGCAUCCUGGACUGGUGGCUGCCCAGGCCAACCCGAUGGAGCAAGGGCAUUUUGCCAGCCCGGACCAGAAUUCAAUGCUUUCUCAGCUCGCUAGCAAUCCAGGCAUGGCAAACCUCCAUGGUGCAAGCGCCACAGACCUGGGACUCGGCACCGAGAACUCAGACUUGACUUCAAAUCUCUCACAGAGUACACUAGACAUACACUAGAGACACCUUGUAGUAUUUUGGGAGCAAAAAAAUUAUUUUCUCUUAACAAGACUUUUUGUACUGAAAACAAUUUUUUUGGAUCUUUCUUAGCUUAAGAGACAAUUUUCCUUGUAACACAUAAGAACUGUACAGUAGCCGUUUGUGGUUUAAAACAAAAUACGUGAGAUGAACCUGAGGGACAAUAGAGUACAGAGAAUCUAUUUUUGUUAUGGCUGGUCACCACUGGCCUCUCCCCUGUGUGUGUGUGGCUCGAGUGUGCACUGGGAGGACGCUGAGGUCUGGGAAGUGGCCCAGAUGCUCCUGCCUUGCACCUCCAAUAGGUUUUAUUAUUUUUUUUAAAUUAAUGAAAAUAUGUAAUAUUAAUAGUUAUUAUUUACUGGUGCAGAUGGUUGACAUUUUUCCCUAUUUUCCUCACUUUAUGGAAGAGUUAAAGAACAUUUCUAAAACCAGAGGACAAAAGGGGUUAAUGUUACUUUAAAAUUACAUUCUAUAUAUAUAAAUAUAUAUAAAUAUAUAUUAAAAUACCAAUUUUUUUCUCUGGGUGCAAAGAUGUUCAUUCUUUUAAAAAUGUUUAAGAAAAACUUCAUUUUCCUCCCCUCAAGUCAACUUUUGUGCUCCAGAAAAUUUUUCUAUACAGUAAGUCUGAGCGUAAAACUUCAAGUAUUAAAAUAAUUUGUACAUUAGAGAGAAAAAUGACUUUUUCAAAAAUAUACAGGGGCAGCUGCCAAACUGAUGUAUUAUAUUGUGGUUUCUGUUUCUUGAAAGAAUUUUUUUUGUUAUUUUUACAUCUAACAGGAAAAAAAUUAAAAAGAGGGUAAGAAACGAUUCUGGUGGGAUGAUUUUAACACGCACAGUGUCCCUGGGCUCCUCUGCUCGCUUUCCUCCUCCUCACCCUGCCCCCACACAUACACACACACACACACACACACACACACACACUCUGUAAAACUUGAAAAUAGAAAGCAAAAACCCUCAACUGUUGUAAAUCAUGCAAUUAAAGUUGAUUACUUAUAAAUAUGAACUUUGGAUCACUGUAUAGACUGUUAAAUUUGAUUUCUUAUUACCUAUUGUUAAAUAAACUGUGUGAGACAGACA